GGGCGCGGAGCCGCGACCGACGCCAUAUUAAGGAGCGGGGAGCCCGGGAUUCCGUCAGCGGCUGCCGCGGCCGGACGCGGCGUAGCUGCGCUCAGCGGAGGCGGGCGCGGCGUGGCGCCGGGAGAGGCGGGGCCGGCGGAGCCAGCGGGCGACGGGAGCGAGCCAGGCUGACGGCCGCCAUGGACCAGGACUACGAGCGGCGCCUGCUCCGGCAGAUCGUCAUCCAGAACGAGAAUACGAUGCCGUGCGUUGCAGAGAUGCGGCGAACCCUGACACCCGCCAACUCCCCCGUGUCCUCCCCCAGCAAGCACGGGGACCGCUUCAUCCCCUCCAGAGCCGGCGCCAACUGGAGCGUGAAUUUCCACAGGAUCAACGAAAAUGAGAAAUCUCCCAGCCAAAACCGGAAAGCCAAGGACGCCACCUCGGACAACGGCAAAGACGGCCUGGCCUACUCGGCUCUGCUGAAGAACGAACUGCUCGGUGCCGGCAUCGAGAAGGUGCAGGACCCACAGACGGAGGACCGCAGGCUGCAGCCCUCCACGCCUGAGAGGAAGGGCCUCUUCACGUAUUCCCUCAGCGCCAAGCGCUCCAGCCCCGACGAUGGCAAUGACGUGUCUCCCUACUCCCUGUCCCCCGUCAGCAACAAGAGUCAGAAGUUACUGCGGUCACCACGGAAACCCACCCGCAAGAUCUCCAAGAUCCCCUUCAAGGUCCUAGACGCGCCCGAGCUGCAGGACGACUUCUACCUGAACCUGGUGGACUGGUCAUCCCUCAACGUGCUCAGCGUGGGGCUGGGGACCUGCGUGUACCUGUGGAGCGCCUGCACCAGCCAGGUGACCCGGCUCUGUGACCUCUCCGUGGAAGGGGACUCGGUGACCUCCGUGGGCUGGUCUGAGAGGGGGAACCUGGUGGCCGUCGGCACACACAAGGGCUUCGUGCAGAUCUGGGAUGCGGCCGCAGGGAAGAAGCUGUCCAUGCUGGAAGGCCACACAGCGCGCGUUGGGGCGCUGGCCUGGAACGCCGACCAGCUCUCAUCCGGGAGCCGGGACCGCAUGAUCCUGCAGAGGGACAUCCGCACGCCGCCCUUGCAGUCAGAGCGGCGGCUGCAGGGCCACCGGCAGGAGGUGUGUGGGCUCAAGUGGUCCACGGACCACCAGCUGCUCGCCUCAGGGGGCAACGACAACAAGCUGCUGGUCUGGAACCACUCAAGCCUGAGCCCCGUGCAGCAGUACACAGAGCACCUGGCGGCCGUGAAGGCCAUCGCCUGGUCCCCGCACCAGCACGGGCUGCUGGCAUCCGGCGGCGGCACAGCCGACCGCUGCAUCCGCUUCUGGAACACGCUCACGGGGCAGCCGCUGCAGUGCAUCGACACCGGCUCCCAGGUGUGCAACCUCGCCUGGUCCAAGCACGCCAAUGAGCUGGUGAGCACGCACGGCUACUCGCAGAACCAGAUCCUCGUCUGGAAAUACCCAUCCCUGACACAGGUGGCCAAGCUGACCGGGCACUCCUACCGGGUCCUCUACCUGGCCAUGUCCCCUGACGGAGAGGCCAUAGUCACUGGUGCUGGAGAUGAAACCCUGAGGUUCUGGAAUGUCUUUAGCAAAACCCGUUCGACAAAGGUAAAGUGGGAAUCCGUGUCCGUCCUCAACCUCUUCACCAGGAUCCGGUAAACCCGUGGCCGUGCCGUCCUGGUCGCAGAGCGCCACCUCUCAGCGUGCAUGGACCCUCCCCUCCCCCGAACACGGGCCCCAGAGGAAGACAGGCAGCCAGGGUGGGGCGGGAGCCGGGCCUGGAGAGACCCUGAAGGUUCUAUUAAAGCCUGAUUGUGAA